GCAGUAUAACAUUUUAGCCGGAACAGUGUUACUUAGGAGAUGAUGCAUUUCUUUAAAUUCGUGAUACCUAUUUUUAUUAUCAUUUUAAAAGUAGUAUCAUGUCAGUCAAAAGGUCAAAAUGUAGUAUGCUACUUUUUAUGUGGAUAUGGACUUCAUGUUGCACCACCGGAAUUACUUGAUGGGAAACUAUGCACUCAUUUAAACUACGCCUUUGUGAAAGUUGAUGGUGACGGGAAUUUGGCACAUUGGAAAAAGUCACUAGAUAUUGAUAAAAGAAUGUUUGAAAAAAUAUUGUCCUUAAAGAAGGCAAAUAAAAAGUUAAAAGUUUUAAUAAGUCUUGGAGAAACUCCUCCUCAAAUUUUUUCACAAGUCGCUGCAGAUUCUACAAAAAGGCAAAAACUUGUCACAAGUUCGGUAAAUUUUCUGAAGAAAUACGGUUUUGAUGGAAUAGAUGUCGACUGGGAACAUCCGAAUAUUGUUGAUAAGGAAAAUUUUAUACACCUUCUUGCAGAGCUAAAAUUGGCGUUAAAGAAAGAUAAUUACUUACUUACUGUUGCUCUACAAUCUUAUCCGACUGCUGGUUAUAAUACUACAGCAAUAUCAGAAAAUGUUGAUAUGAUAAAUCUAAUGUGCUAUGUCUUUUAUGGACGAUGGAGUAAAUAUACAGGUCACAAUUCAGCACUUUUUGGUUCUUCUCUUGAGACUGAAGAUGAAAGAAACCGCCGAAAUACAGCUGCUUGUCUACAAAAUUGGUUAAAAGCUGGUGCUGUAAAAGACAAAAUUAAUAUUGGAAUGCCUUUUUAUGGGCGUAUAUUUAACCUAGCUGAUCCAAAUAACCACGAACUUCAUUCACUUAUAACUGGAGUAGGAAAUCCUGAAACAUUAACUUAUAGACAGAUUUGCCUCAAUUAUACAAACUACACUACAGUAUGGAGUGAUGAACAAAAAAUUUCUUACAAAUAUUUUAACAACCAAUGGAUGAGCUUUGAAAAUGAACAAUCAAUUAUGGAGAAGGCCAAAUAUAUAAAAUCCCAAAAUGUUGCUGGUGCAAUGAUCUGGCAAAUUGGUCAAGAUGACAUUAAUGGUGAAUGUGGCCAAAAACAAUCCUUACUGCGAACUGUAAACCAAUAUUUACUGAAUAAUUAAUAAUAAAUACUUUAUUUCGAAUU